AGAAGUCAAUUCUAAAUGCCGAAGAGUCACUGAUCUUUGACAGCAAAAGGAGCGCUUCACAUCUACCUCCCGGAAUACUGAAGGACAUUUUCACCACUGGGACCAGUAGUUACAAUGUCCUCCUACAGAGCAAAGAGGAGAAAAGGCAUCAUUCACAAAAGCAGUCUUCCUCCGCCCACUCCAAAAGAUGUAGAAAACCCAGCAAAUCUCCCAGCUCUUCUCGGAGUAAAGAUCUUCGGAAGAUGAAAACCCCAGUGCCUGGGAUGAGCAGUGGCACUUGGUGCUGCCUAGAACGGCAGCCUGCCAUGUUUGUCACGACUGCAGUGUCAGAUCCGGUCACGUUUCCACGUGAUCUCUCUGUUACAGGGAACAGCAUAGUGCUGCCACCUAAACCCAAAAGCAAGGUUAAGGCAUGCCAUUUCUCCACUCUUCUCAAGCCGAAGCCGCAGCCACAGCCUCAGCUGUCGAGAAGUUUUGAAAAAGAUGACUCUUCUGUAAAGAAAGUUUGUAUACUGACUGCUAUAAAGCCCACCAACUUGGAGAAGGAAAAGCUGAGAUUCUUCAAGUCUGACUAUACCUACAACCCUCAGUUUGAAUACGCGAAUCCUUCUCUGCCAAGUGUGUUAGCCAAGCACAGCAACGUAUCUGACCGGUUUCUUAAGCAGUCCAUCAACAUCAUGGAACUGACUUUACAGAAGUAUGGAAGCUAUGAGAAGUUUGAGCAGGCCACGGGGGGGAGCCUGCUCUCUAGGAGUCGGAUCUGGAGCCAUGUGAGGAAGUACAUGUUGAAGGAAGGCUGCUCGGGUGAGAUUGUAGUUCAUCUCACCGAGGACCUACUUUCCCGAGCGUCCAUGACAGUAGUAAAUGGGUGUCCGACGCUGACCAUCAACGUCUCCACGGCACGUGAGCACUGGCUGGAGGGAAUGCUGAGGCACGAAAUAGGCACACACUAUUUUCGAGGUAUUAACAACCUCCAGCAGCCAUGGAACAGUUGGACUGGCCGUAAAAAGCAUGAGCUGAAACCGAACAAUCCCACGGAGGAAGGGCUGGCAAGUAUUCAUAGUGUCCUGUUUAGAAAGGACCCGUUUCUAUGGAGGGCGGCCCUCCUGUACUACACUGUGUACCAAGCCAGCCAGAUGUCGUUCUGCAGACUCUUCGAAAGCAUCGGGAAGUUUGUCAAGGACCCCAACACGAGAUGGGAUUACUGUGUGCGAGCCAAGAGGGGCUGGACCGACACUUCCCAACCAGGGUGUUUCAGUAAAGACCAGGUGUACUUGGACGGCAUCCUGCGACUCCUCCGGCACCGGGACACCAUUGACUUUCCCCUGCUGACCGCCCUGGGGAAGGUCUCCUACGAAGAUGUGGAUCGCUUAAAAGGAUUGGCGGUUACUGAAAACACCAGGGUCCCUCACUUCCUGCAGGACCAGGAGCGAUACAUGGAACAUUUAGAGAGGAUCAUGGAAGUGAACGAACUGACCGACCAGGAACUGAAAGAUCUCAUUUAUUAA